AUGAAGUCCUUCGCUUGCUUGGUGCUGGUUAGUUUAGUCGCAGCUGCCAGCUGUGCACCACAAUUCGGUUUUGGUGCUUCCGGAUCGGCAGCAAACGCUGGUGCUCAGUCAUUCAACCAGGGUGGUGGCGGUUUCGGACAUGGCGGUUUUGGUGGUGGAUUGUCCGGAUCGGCAGCUAGCGCUGGAUCACAAUCGUUCACCCAGGGAGGUGGAUUCUCUCCCUAUGGUGGCGGUUUCGGAGGAUCUGGAUCUGCUGCCAACGCCGGAGCGCAGAGUUUCACUCAGGGAGGAGGUUUCGGACCCGGAGGUUUCGGUCACGGAGGAUUUAGCGGAUCGGCGGCCAACGCUGGAUCGCAAUCAUUCAGCGGUUGA